CCUGUUAGUCCGUCUUUCGCAUCUAGUGUAAUUUCCUAAUUCCCACAAAACCCAUCUCCAAAAUUCCCAGUAAACCUAUAGGAUAAGGUAAACAAUCAUCUAGACUUUGCCAUUAAUCUUUUAUCUCCAUGGUAUGUUCAGUUGCACCAUAUUCACCAUCAAAGGAAGGGCCAAGAAUAAGGUGCAGUGUGGCUGUUGAAGAUUAAAUACUCUGAAGACUUCCAGAUUUUCCUUUGAUGACCUGCAAAUGUUAGUUUCUGCACUUUUAACGUCUGUUGGAAUAAACUUUGGGCUUUGUGUUCUGUUUUGGACACUAUACUCUAGCUUGAGGAAACAACCUGCCAAUUACCACGUCUAUGCUCCCCGCUUGCUUUCUGAUGGGCAGUCUCAAGGGAGCAGUACCUUCCGCUUGGAGAGACUAUUGCCUACUCCCGAUUGGGUGAGACGCGCGUGGCAGUCUUCUGAAGAGGAAUUACUCUCUUCUUCUGGUUUGGAUGCUGUUGUUUUCAUGCGCAUCAUCACCUUCAGUUUGAGAGUAAUUACUCUUGCUGUUGUUAUUGGGGUGUUUAUCCUCCUUCCGGUGAACUUCUCUGGAGAUCAACUUCACGAUGUAAAUUUCGCUAACUUAACAAGUAGUUCUUUGGAUAUAUUUACCGUCUCCAACGUGAAAGAUGGCUCCAAUAGGCUAUGGGCACACUUUUGCGCUGUAUAUCUCCUUACCAUCUUUGUUUGUUUCCUUCUUUACCAUGAAUACAAAUAUGUUUCCUCUAGAAGGAUUUCAUACUUUCUCUCAUCAAAACCUCAGCCACAUCAGUUCACCAUUUUGGUUCGCAGUGUGCCUGUUUCUGCUGGGAUCACUGUGAGUGACAGCGUUGAGAGAUUUUUUAAGGAAUAUCAUCCCAGUACAUAUUUAUCACACGUGGUGGUGCGUAGAACGAACAAACUUAGAUAUCUCAUAAAUGACACAAAGAAGUUGUAUAAAAGGCUUAUCCACCUACAAAGAGAACCAACUGCUUCAAAAUCCCAGCCUGGUAGUUUUUUUGGCUUGUUUGAGGCCAAGGAUGAUCUUGUGGAUCACUAUGAAAAGAAAUUAGAAGAUCUCCAGGAGAAUGUUAGGUUGGUGCAAUCAGACGUUUCAAUGGCUGGAGAAGAAGUUCGUGCAGCCUUUGUGUCUUUCAAAUCACGAUAUGGAGCUGCAGUGGCACUGCACAUACAACAAGCAGAUAAUCCUACGCAAAUGGUAGCAGAGCAAGCUCCCGAACCACAUGAUGUUUAUUGGCCUUUGUUCUCUGAAUCAUUCAUGCGAAGAUGGAUAUCUCAACUGAUUGUCAUCGUUGCUUGUAUUCUCCUCACAGCUUUAUUCCUUAUUCCAGUUGUAGUUGUGCAAGGUCUCACUAACUUGUCUCAACUAGAAAUCUGGUUACCAUUCCUCAAGAGCAUCCUGAAUGUAGCAUUUGUCAGUCAAGUAGUUACAGGAUACCUCCCCAGUCUUAUUCUCCAGCUGUUUCUUAUGAUGAUCCCUCCCAUCAUGAAGUUCCUAUCCUCUGUACAAGGACACAUAUCUAUUAGCGAGAUAAUAAAAAGUGCCUGCAACAAAGUUCUUUGGUUUACCAUAUGGAACAUAUAUUUCGCAAAUGUUCUUUCUGGAUCGGUUUUCAGUCAGAUAUUCAUCUUCCUUGAACCCAAGAACGUUCCUGCACGACUUGCUGUUGCAGUUCCUGCUCAGGCAUCAUUCUUCAUCGCCUACGUGGUCACAUCAGGAUGGACAAGUACUACAUCAGAGCUCUUCCGUCUUAUACCUCUCAUUUGCAGCCUAAUAAGAAAAUGUUUCUCUGGAAAUACAAAUAAUGAACUUAAAGAUCCAGCAUUCCCCUAUCACGGGGUCCUUCCAAGGGUUCUCUUUUUUGGCCUACUUGGUAUAACGUACUUCUUCCUGGCCCCUCUGAUUCUGCCAUUUCUCUUGGUUUACUUCUGUCUUGCAUACACGAUAUAUUCUAACCAGUUUAUCAAUGUAUAUGCACCACUAUAUGAGACUGCUGGAAAAUUCUGGCCAAUUGUCCACAACUCCAUGAUCUUCUCUCUUCUAUUGAUGCAUGCCAUUGCAGUGGGAAUCUUCACACUUAAAAAGCUUCCUCUAGCAUCAAGUUUAGUAUUUCCUCUUCCAGUUAUAACUUUGAUCUUCAAUGCAUAUUGCCGGAAGCGUUUUCUACCCAUCUUUGUGGCAUAUUCUGCUGAGACUUUGAUAAAGAAGGACAGAGAGGACAUCAAUGAUGCUACAACUGCUGAGUUUUUUAAUAAAUUAGUUGCUGCCUACCAAGAUCCAGCUUUAUUACCCGUGCAAUAUUCUUCAGAUUCCAACAGAGAAAGGACGUCUCUUCUAUCUCCUGUUUGAAUAUUGAGGCUGUUGGAGUGGCAUCUGAUCCACAUUCCAGAUGGAAAGUUUUGCAGGAUAAAAAUUUUUCUGUCUUUUGCACUUUUUUUUUCAAUAAAAACUCAACAGCUAUUCUACAUAUGAACACCAUGUAGUCUACACUGGUGUCAUUUGGGUAGUGAAGAGGCUUCACAUAUAUAAGUUGCAGAUUGCUACUUUUGUUUUAUAUGUUAUAUAUUUGUCUACAAUAUUUCAACUUAUAAGUAUAGCUUGUCAGGAUGCUAUGUCUUCUUCCUAAGGAAUUUCUGUAUAUGCCAUUUGUGAGACCUAGGAUUACUUCUCCAGUUAAAGUUGGAUGACUAAGGGGAGGCAUUUUGGAUUUGGCGCUGUAA